CACUUUGUGCCCAGCGUCCGCCCGCUGGGCCCUCCUCCUUCCCGCCGGCGCCGCAGGGCCUGGGAGCCUGCGCUGUCCCUAGGUUUGGGGUCUUUGGAACCAGAGUACCUUGCACCUGGACAGCAGCUCUGAACUCGCACGCUUUGUUCCGUGUCGUCACUGAUAUCUUGAUCUACGAGUGUCCAAAUGUGGACAUCGCGCUUAGUCAAGAGGGUCACAUAGAUGCCGUGGCCCAUUUUAAAAACAAAGCUCAAUUAUAAGCGCGCAGCGGCUGUUUAUUCCAGCCGAGUCUCAGAUCCCCGAGGGCUGCUGUCAACUAGCACCCACAGGAAGCUCCAUCCCGGGUAUGGAACCGAGUGACCUGUUUGAGACCUUCAGCUCGUUCAGGUCCAAACUGCAAGAGCCGAGGCAGAUCGCGGGGUGACGGGUAGUGGGUGGAGGAACGAGUCUCCCAUUUGGUGUAAUGGGACGUACUGAGUGCUUCGUGGCUGUACUUCAAUCGCUGAAGGUGGCGGGGAUAGUAAUGUCUUUAUCUCCGGGACUCCCAUCUUCCCACGGUCCCCGAUCCCGCCUGGCCAGGGCUGCACGCGAUGCGCUGGCUCUAAAGUGCGUCACAGACCGCACCGGCCGUGCUGCUCCACCGGCCUGGGUGAGGUUGGCGCCUGGCCAGCACAGGCUGGGCCAGCAGCGCCUGGGCCAUCACCCCGCCUAGAGACCCGGGCGUGGAAAGCGCUCAAGUUGCGCAGCACCGGGAUCGUAGCCGGGGACACUCUCCGCUAGGGGCUCGGAGCCCCUGAUCGGUCUCGGCAACUCUCCGGGGCACGAGGUGACACCCCCUCGGUUCUUUAGGCGCGCCGAGCUCAAGAGAUUUCUUCAGGAUAAACUACGCGGCGUCCUCCCCGGGCUCCUUGCCCCGCCCCGGGUCUCCGCCCCCUCCCCUUGGCUAGGGUUCCUGGACCCGGAGGCGACCGCUUAAGAAGCUCGAGCAGCCAGGACCGGGAGGCGGCUGGGGGCCGCAGAACCGCUGGCCAUCAACUCUCACCGCCAUGUGACACGGUCCUCCGGCCUGCUAUCCCAGUGCCAGCGCCCGCUCCCUGCCGCGCUGCGCAUCAUGCUUCUGCCGGGACACCCGCGCCCGCCGCCCGCGCCCCAAACGGCGCAGAAUCCCGGCCUCCGCAGGCAGGUAGAGCCUCCCGGGCAGCUCCUGCGUCUCUUCUACUGCACCGUCCUGGUGUGUUCCAAAGAGACCUCCGCGCUCACCGAUUUCUCUGAAGCUCUUCCAGAUUCCAUGGGCUCACGGCCAAUCCCUGAGUGUGCUGCCUGGAGGGAUGGAGCCCUCCAAGCCUCGUACCAAGCCAUCACAGACCAAGGUUACUUAACCAAACUCCUGCAAAACCACACCGCCUAUGCCUGUGAUGGGGACUAUUUGAACCUACAGUGCCCUCGGCAUUCGACAAUAAGUGUCCAAUCGGCAUUUUAUGGGCAAGAUUACCAAAUGUGUAGUUCCCAGGAGCCCAUCUCCCAGAGGGAAGACAACCUGACCUGUGUGGCAUCCACCACUUUGCAGAAGGUGCUGGAUGAAUGCCAGAAUCAGCGGGCCUGCCACCUCCUGGUCAAUAGCCGCGUCUUUGGACCUGACCUUUGUCCAGGAAGCAGUAAAUACCUCCUGGUCUCCUUUAAAUGCCAACCUAAUGAAUUAAAAAACAAGACCGUGUGUGAAGACCAGGAGCUGAAGCUGCACUGCCACGAGUCUAAGUUCCUCAAUAUCUACUCUGCCACCUAUGGUCGGAGGACCCAGCAAAGGGACAUCUGUUCCUCAGAAGCUGAGCUGCUGCCCCCCUUUGACUGCCUGUCUUACACAGCGUUACAAGUCCUGUCCAGGAGGUGCUAUGGGAAGCAGAGGUGCAAGGUCCUGGUUGAUAACUACCACUUCGGAAGCCCCUGUCUUCCAGGAGUGAAAAAAUACCUCACUGUCGCCUAUGCCUGUGUUCCCAAGAACAUUCUCACAGCGGUCGACCCAGCUGUUGCUAAUCCAAACCCUUCUCUGAAGAAAGAUGAUGAAUACGGUAUAAAAUUCGACCCAAGUGGAUCGAGGGUUGUGCGGAAAGAUGGUGUUAUUGUCAGCAACUCUCUGGCUGCAUUUGCUUACAUUCGAGCCCACCCGGAGAGAGCUGCCCUGCUGUUUGUGUCUAGUGUCUGCGUCGGCCUGGUCCUCACGCUGUGUGCCCUGGUCAUCAGAGUGUCCUGUGCCAAGGACUUCCAGGAGCUGGGACAGGGACGGGAGCAUCUGGUGCUAGCGAGUGACAAGGCUGAGGAGGACAGCCGGGAGGAGGCAGAAGAAGAGGAGUCCUCGGACUCGGAGUUUCCUGUGGAACUGCCCAGGUUUUGUAGGACUUCAUAUCCAGCCUACAGCUCCAUAGAGGCCGCUGAGCUGGCAGAAAGGAUUGAGCGCAGGGAGCAAAUCAUUCAAGAAAUAUGGCUGAACAGCGGCUUGGACUCCUCAAUCCCGAGGAACAUGGGUCACUUCUACUGAAAACCAGACACAUCUGGAUGAGAUCACACUUCCUGAAGAGGGAAGGAUCCAGAAUGCCCUGUCUCCCCACCCCCUCUUGUACCUUCUAUGAAGGAGAAUCUGUCAUGUCAUCCGAGAAGGGUGAAACCGGAAAGCUGCCAAAGGGACGUCUCUCUGUUUACAGCACACCCCGGAAUAAAUGAGGAGGAAGAAGA